AUGGUUGGUGCGCAGCCCUACGACAUAGAAGCGUUAAAGAUAGAGCCAAAGCCCGUGCUCGACGCCUGCGGCGAGCGGCUGGCCUGCGACCUGUGCGGAAAGAAAACAAAGUUUUUUUGCUACUUCUGUUGCCGGCCAGUGCCACAGCUGGCGGGAAAGAUACCGCAGAUCCGGCUGCCGUUUAAAAUGGACGUGAUCAAGCACGCCAGGGAGCUCGACGGCAAGUCAACUGCAGUGCACGCCAAGAUUAUCGCGCCCGAAGACAUUGAAAUAAUCACGUACUCGGACACUUGCCUGGACGACGUGGAUCCCAGCCGCACGGCGCUCUUGUUCCCAGGCCCGGAUGCCCAGGACAUCUCCGAGCUGGAUGCAUCUACCUUUGACAGGGUCAUUGUCAUUGAUGGGACUUGGUCGCAGGCCAAGGGCAUGGUGCACAAUAGCAUCAAGCUGCGCCGCAUGCAAAAGGUUACUGUGAAGCCUCGCAGGACACGGUUCUGGCGGUACCAGAACCUCGACGACAGCUUCAUGGCCACCAUCGAGGCCAUCUACUUUUUGUACCGCGACAGCUUUAAGAAUGGCGAGUACGACGGUGAGUACGAUGCCCUGAUGUACUUUUACAAGUACUUUUACGACUUUAUUCAGAUGAGAACCCGCGCCCACUGA